GAGCCAAUAAGCAUAAGUCUUUUUGAUCUUGAUGCGAUGGUGUAGUGUGUUUGUUUUGAUCCGAUCUGUGACGCCGUGUAGUGUUCAUCUCCAACAACCGAUCAGGGACGUCGUACAAAGGCCAUAACGCAUGGAAAGGCAGAUUUGGUCCGUGACCGAUGAAUCGGAAAUCCAAUCUCGCGAAUGUAAAUCGAACGGUCCCCAUUCCAUUCCGUGUUAUGGCGAUGGCCUUGUAUGUUUUAAAUGGUUUGGCUGGCAGCUUCUUUUUAUUUUCCACACUUUUUGUAGUUUCAAAAAACCUGUUAUCAGAUUGAGCUUUUGUGUGUAUAAGGUCGACCUCGGAUGUGCCUCCGACCGCGAAAGAUCCACUUGAUUCCCGAGAGAUGGAGAAAUGCGUCUUAACAGGUUUCACACAUCUUUGACGCGUGAUUUCCCAUUCGACCAGGAUAUGGGAAUACGAGCUGCAGAAUAAAACCGAUACUGCACACUCACCGAUAACAGACCUACCCGGAUUUCUCUGUUGGAGAAGUGGUACUAUCCAUCCAAUAUCGACUCCACGACUUGUGCAAUAGACCGUCACUACAGAAGAAUUUCGGAGGGAGCGGGCACGACUCAGAUAACUCUUCGAAUAAACAAAUAGGUAGAUGGCCGUAAGAAAAAGAAACCAGGUGCUAAAAUCCCAUUCCUUCAGCCGGCGCGAGAAUGAUGGGAUGGACUCCACCCUAACAUAGCGCCAACGUCGGUCAUUUGUUUUCCCCCCGAAGUGCUUCGAUGCCGCCCCAUGUCUCUCGCGCCCAUCCAAAAACUCUCUCCGCCGUCGUCGUCUCUCAUAGCCUAACAUGCCAGAAGAAAAAAAAAAUCAAAAGACUUGAGUGGAGAAAGAAAAAAGAGAGAACUAAAUCGCCCGGUUCGUUGUCCACGGCUGUAAAGGCUUGAGUGUCUGCUGAGUGCAUAGUAUACCUGAACUGGACGAACGAGGGAAAACAAAACUAUGCCGCCGCCCUACUCCGCCUUAUUUUUUUUUUAUUUUCCCCUUUAUCUACUUUAUCUUCUCUCUAUUCUCAUAUAAAAUGAGUUGUGUGAUAUUGAGAACUUUGAAAGACUGCUCGAUGGCUUCAGUCGAUCAUCGGCCAUGAACGUCGGCGGGAGACUUGAUUGGCCAGUCCUCGAAAGUAAAAAGUGAUUAAUUGCGUCUGCUUUAUUAUCGACAACGAUUUUUAAUCAACUGGUUCGUUAGUGAUUAAAAAAAAAAGAACGCUCGGGAAUAAGUAAAUAAAAAUGACGGCAAUGCCGAGGAAGAUAGCUACAGGUUAUUCACAGAUAUUCGGGUUAGUGUGGUUAGUUCUUUUCUUGCUAAUUAGCUACGGUCACGCAACAGGUUUCUUCUGUCCUAAUGGUGAACAGUACGAACGGCAUUUGAACGAGUUGUUGAAUGACAACGACUUCAUUUUCAGCGGAACGGUUGGAAAUGUAACCGACGAUGGACGAUUCAUCGUUAUCCGAAUCAAAUCGCUAUUCAAAGGCGUAUGGAAGAAUCCCGAUAUCACUUUAUUGGCCAAUCAGCCGUUUGAAUCGUCAUCGUUGUCUUUCAUCCCGCUGUCGGAUACGAAAAAGGAUACCACCCGCUGGCUGCUGCCUCAACGUUCUCAAGUCGGCUGCUUUGCAUACGGACCUACCGAAUUGAGGCAACGGGAUUCGCGGGUCUUUUUCGCCCGAGUCUACGGUUUUUCCGUCCUUCUUCAAACUCACAUCCAGCUCACCAAAUUCAUCUUGAUGAAACUUCGGAUUUUAACGCUGACUGUCGACCAUUUGGCAACUGGCAGCGGUGGGUGUCUCUUACGAAAUAUGAUGAAUUGGCAAUACCGCAAGACGACACGCGACGAGAUACUUUAGAAACGAUUAGUUAUUCUUAAUUUGGCUUCGUGAAAUGAUGUAUUGGCAACAUUCGAAUCGUCAUCCAUCAGAUGCGUGCUUGGCAAUCUGCAGUGGUGUUUGAGAUGAAUUAAUUAAACUAAAAAAAACCUUACACGACUGUGUCUCGUUUCCUUUUGGAAAAGAAACUUGUUGAUCUGUUAUCACCCGAGAAAGGUGUGAUGCCAUGUCCGUCGUUCGUUAGUGAGUCAACGUGCAGCAGACUGGAUUGAUUCCAGGGAAACAAGAACUGCCGUCGAACAUCCCAAAUCUGGCGAUCUCGAGACACCACCA